CCAGGGCACGUGUGACGCUUACUCUCCCCAGGCCGAGGACCCUGGCCACCCUCGAAUGCGAGCUGAGCCUGGAGUGACCUCUGAGGGAUCAAGCCAUCGUCAUGGAGUUUGUAAUGAAACAAGCCCUGGGAGGGGCCACCAAGGACAUGGGGAAGAUGCUCGGGGGUGACGAAGAGAAGGACCCUGAUGCUGCCAAGAAGGAGGAGGAGCGGCAGGAGGCACUGAGGCAGGAGGAAGAGGAGCGCAAGGCCAAGUACGCCAAGAUGGAGGCCGAGCGUGAGGUCAUGCGACAGGGCAUCAGAGACAAGUACGGCAUCAAGAAGAAGGAAGAACGAGAGGCGGAGGCCCAGGCUGCCAUGGAGGCCAACUCGGAGGGCAGUCUGACGCGACCCAAGAAGGCCAUCCCCCCGGGCUGCGGGGACGAGCCCGAGGAGGAGGACGAGAGCAUCCUGGACACCGUCAUCAAGUACCUGCCCGGGCCGCUGCAGGACAUGUUCAAGAAGUAACACCAAGCUGGCCGGAGGCCGAGACCCUGCCCCACCUUCCCUGUACAGACCCCACGGAGGCCCCGCAGGAUGUCGGGAGCAGAUGCAGCACCCCCAACGCCAAAAUAAGCCAUAGUCCUAGAUCUGUCCUUCCGUGCCCCUCCCCCACAGCCAUCCAGGGCACCGCCCGUCCUCGCCUACCCCCCUCAGCCCGCCCCAGGUCAGGCCCUGAGAGGGCCAGCCCCUUGACCACCCCUGGGCGCGCCGUCCCUGUCUGUGGGCACCUAUGAGGGCCCAAACUCAGGAGCACAGCCAUAGUCGGAGCGGAGCAGUUGUGCAGUUGGGGUGGGCUCCGGCCCGGGCUCCCAGCCCCCCCUGAUGCCUGGCACCAGGGUGUCUGGACCUGUUGGCCCAGCUGGACCGCGCGUGGUCUGCCUGCCUGCCUGCGUCCCCCUGACCUCCAUCUGCAGGCCCUGACGUCUGUCUAGCUGUCACUUUCUGUUGCUCUUCAUUGUUCCACAGGUUUGGCUUUCUAGAAACACUGUGGCCGGCCGGCCUAUUCGUCUCAGCCAGAGGAAACAAGGCAGUAGGCUUGGGAGGGGCUCCAGGCACUCUCCAGUCUCUGUGCACCCUUCCCCAAGACGCUCACCCUGAGCCCCCUCUCCCCGUGGGUCCCUGUCCUGUGUCGGAGGGGGCUGCGGAUCCCCUGAGCGCCCACUUCCAGAGAGGCCCAGGAAGCCACCGGUGGGGGAGGGGGAGGGCGCGGGGCGGAGCGGUUCUCCCCGCAGCCCUGCUCUGACGGCCUGAGGCCGGGCCGGGCGGCUGUGCGCGCCCACCCCUCCGUUCACCUUGUUUAAUUUGCAUCACAAUCUGUUGAAUCUCAGGUAAAUGAGGUCUUCUGUAUCUGUUUAGUUUUCCCGUGACAGACAGGCCAUUCUGCCCCCAGCGCUUUCUGUCCAGUCAGACGGCUGUGUGUCCCAGGGCGGCCAGGGGCGUGGCUUGGCGCUGACCUCCAUGACCUCACGUAGCUCUAGAGAAGCCAUACGAUUAGACUGCAAUACUGCGCAUCACCCCGCGCGCCCCGCCUCCCGCGUCUUCCGAGAUGCCGCGUCCUCGCACCGAAAGCUGGCUCCGAGCGCGUUCCCCGUGACCGCACCCGUUCCCGCGCCUGGGGCCGCCGGCCGCCUGUCUGUCCGUCCUCCCGCGCCCCGCCCGCAUGUGGGGGCCGGGCGUUUCCUCUCCGGAUGGAAUCACAGCCAAUAAACAGUG